CAACAAGGUGCGAACGGAGAUCGACAAAAUAAUCGAAUACUUCUAUUUUAGAUAAAACCGACGCCAUUGUAGAAGCCAAGAUAGAGAGAAAAUGACGGUGGGAAAAUACUACUGCGAUUACUGCGAUAAAGAAUUCCAAGAUACUCCUGCUGCGAGAAAGCGUCAUCUUCAAGGUCUUCAGCAUCAACGUAAUCGUAAACUCUGGUACGAUUCUCUUUCUCUUCCUCAAGCUCCUAAUCAGAUUAAUGUUACUACACAGACGUUUGGGAAAGGACUUUGCAAUCGCUUCCUUAAAACGGGAUUUUGUCAGUAUGGGGACUCUUGCAAAUAUUUUCAUCCGAAGCAUAAUGUGCAGAGCCCAAGUACUCAGGAUACCCAUAUUGUGGUUGUUCAUGAAGAAUUAUGGUUCUCGUGCCUUUCUUUGAUACAUUGUUACCUGGAACGACAUUCGGUUUGGAACGGAGAAUGGGAACGGGAAUACGGAAUGCAACCUAGAUUGACUCGGAAACGAUUGGAUUUUGUUGACAAUUUGCAACUGCAAGGAGGAAUACAAGGUCAUGUAGCUAGCCAAAGCUUUGGGAUGUCAUUAGGGAAUCUACCUCCAUCACUAAGGCCUCCUCCUGAUGGUGGAUAUCCCCUGCUCCCAUUUAUUGAUUGGGGAUGAGCCCUGACUCAUGAGCUUAUCAGGUAUAUGAAUAUUUAUUUGAAAUAUAACUUUGUACGUCAUCUGCUAUCUUUUCUUAUCUAUGGUUUCUUCUGAAUCUCAUGAUUCCCAUGAAACUAGAUCGGUUGCCUAGCUAGAGCAGGGCUUUUUCUUGACGAUGAAAAUAGUGUAUGAAUGGAUAAUCUGAUCUAUUUAAUGAUAUCAUACAUACUCCAUCCUGUAAAACCCUAAAAUUCUUUGAAUCUUUGAUAUUCAAAAAUAACCAUCUCUUAAUGUUGAAAUGCUUGGUCUCUUAACUUACUUGACCUAGUAGUGUUUUAUACAUCAUUUUUCUUUGGUAAAAGUUUAUUUAGUUAUAGCAAAUAGGCACAGGUUAUAUCGAGCGUCUAGUGCUGAAUGUCUGAAACUAUGUUCUUUAUUUAUUUGACAUGCAACACAAUGUUGGAAAUACUUUACAAGUGAGGAAGAUCUCACAUCGCUAAUAUGUGGGUUGUAGACUUGCAUAUAAUACUUUGGGGUAAUCCCCCUAAUACCAUAUUGUUUUGGGAAAGAAUAAACCUCAUCAAGUGUGUAUGCAAAUAUGAAAAUAAAUAAUAUAAAAUAAAAAAUUGUUUUAUACAAUAUACAAUCAAGUCUUUUAAAGAUAAAUGAUUACAAAGGAGGUUGUGCAAAAUGCAAUUGCAUAAGUACCAGGAAAUUUUUUCUUUCACGCUCAAUCGCUUGCAUUAUCCUGACAUGAUUAUCCGCUGCAAUUGAUUUCAGUCUCUUUUAAGAUCCGCUUUAAGUUGAUUAUUAGCUUGUAUUUGCUGUCUUUAAACGCUUCACAUCUUGAUUAGAUCAAUGCAUCAAUACUUGUGAGGAUGAAUAAGAGAAUCAACCAAAGGGAUAGUAGAUUUAGGAGGUGGACCCCACUCCAAAGACCACCUUCUUCUUUUUGAUAUUUGAUUCAACAUCAACAUUUACAACCACCUUUAGAUAAAUCUGGUUAGGAUCCGUUUAUGGAGGCUAAUAUUAAAAUGCACUAUACUUUUCCUGAAUUUUUUGUAUGUUAGUGUAGGUCCAUUGAGAAUUAUCUAUAAUUUCAUGCAUUCUUGCAAAAACCCUGUAAGAUGAAGGCCUUUGACCUGUCAGUUUUUCCAAAUUCCACAUGGUUCUAGCAUGCAAAAUUGAGUGGCUUCAGCUUUAUCUCUUUCUGCGCAACGAUUGGAGGAGUUCCUAGCUCCCAGAACUCUUAUUCCAGUCCGCCUUCCAUCAUGCCCAGGUGUUAGCGUCAAUAAAAGGUCGUUUGAAAUCUGGCACACUUUUUUAAUUUGCGACGCGCUUUAAAACGCAUAUCCGCAUACUAUUUGCUAGCUUUUUCUUUCCAUGCCGACUUGACAAACUCGUUAAGAUCGGGAUCCCACUUAAACGAUGGUACAUUGGCAAUAUUCAAUUCCUAUAUUACCGUACAAGUCACGCAUCAAAGUUCAUGGGGUUAACCAAUCAAACUUUGUCUUCAAUCUUCGUUCAACUCUUGAGAAAGAAAAGUUGAAUGCGAAGAAUUUCUUUGCAUGAGAAAGAAAUCUAAGAAUUGUUCUUUGGUGUGAAUGCCGAGAAGCUGUUCUAGACACCCCACUCCUAUUGACGCUACGGGCAGAGAGUUACUGAGAACUCAAAGCUAGUAACAUAUUUGAUGUUAUCAUGCAUGUAUUCGUGAAAUGAAAGCCUCGAAGAGGUUCAACAAUGAAAAACAAAAUAAAAA